AUGUUACUCGGUGUCGCAUCGCAUGAACCCAGUCAUUCCACUUCGACAAAGGAGGUUGGAAUGUCGGAAACAGUCCAUGAAGAUUGGGUUGGAUGUUGGCGUUGUGCGCGGGAUGCCACGAUAGAUCCCGGCGUCACGCUGGGAUUGUUGGACUGCGGUCAUAUUCUAUGCGCGAAGUGUGUCCCCACAGAGGACAAAAAAGACGUGCAUUGUCCAGUGUGUCAGCGACAAUCGAAAUUCAAGAGUCUCGAAAGAGGAGAACAUCCGAGCAAUGUCAUGUUGUUCUUGAACGACCCCAGCACCCUUCUAGCUCCAUCGAUAUCAUCUUUCCUUAAAGUGACCAACUUCCAAAAUGCGCAUCGUAAGCGGAAAAUCUCGAUUUUGCGCAAACGGAAUUUUUUCCUCAUGAAAAGGCUGGAACAAUUCGCGACUGAGCAUCAAAAGUUGAAGCAGGCCUACAUUGCAGUUGAGGCGAAGCAUCGACAAGUGAAGGAGGCCUACGAGGAACUCAAAAUUAAAAGUCGGGAAUCAAGAGAAGAGUACAAAAUGAAUCCGCGUAUUUCGAGGGAUCACAGAGGCCGGAAUGAAGCCCCCGUGGCACGAAAUGCUUGGGAGGAUUACAGGGAACGAACGCAGACAAGUAUGGGAGUGACCGAUUCAGUCCUGGACUACGGCGGAAUCUCACUAACUCCCGACUCCUUCGUCGAUCCCUACAAUAUCCGAAGAAAUGCGUCUCGGACAAGUGUGUUCGAUAGAAGCCACAACCAGUACCACAGCGUUGCCAAUCCGGUCCGCGGGAACUACCUGAGGCGUUAAUGACCGCGUCGGCCCGUCAUUUCAGUGGUUUUUUCUUAUCUCUCGUGAAGCUUGGUGCGUGUUUCUUUCUCCACUUUCUGUUUGACGUGUUUCGUCGCAUCGGACGAACGCGUGAGUGAGACGUUUCGUUACCUCGUGGAGCUGUGACUAAUUUGUGAUGAUCGCUGAUAAUCAUCCGAGAAUUUUAUGUUUUCGGAGAUUUUGCAGGGAAAGGCAGCGAUUCUAAUGGGAUCAACGGAAAUGGAUAGAUUGAUUCUUCUGUCUUGGGAAUCACAGGCUGAAAUUUCUUGUUUGCUUGCAUGGGCUCGUCAAUGUGAAAAAAGUCAUUUUUCAGUGAUGUAUGAAUGGUAUGCGUCCAUGCGGUGUAUCGGUGGUCAUUUGACUGUGAGCUUUAAAAUUCCCCGUUAAGUUGAGUUUAUGAUCUAAAUCGUCGAAUUCGAUGGAACGUAAAACGCGUAGAUAAUUACGGUACUUGUGUUCGGGACGUCGUUUUUUCUGAACGUAUAUCGUCGCUUUAUCCUCAGCCUGCUUGCCCGUGAUGCGUACUUCCUGAUUUUGAUUCGACUUGAUGUCGCAGUCGAUUCUACCUUUUAUUCUUUUCAGUGGAUGGCAUGAUUUAUUGUUCGCUCAGCAUAUUAGUUGUGCCUUCAGUCGCCUGGCUGAGAAACCAUUUGGUUGAUGCGUUUUGUAAUGUGUUGGCUCGACUUUGCUUCGCUCCGGCGGUGCGAUGCUGAGGAUUAAGCUCGACAGUAUUCCAGUGUUUUCUUUAUCGCAUCUCGUAUCGCCUCCUCCUUGCUGAUAUAUUUUUCUAUCGCGCUAGUUUUGGUAGUUGAAGAGUCCUGAUUUUUUGGAACUUACUUUCAGGUGUGCGAGGAAGGAACGUGCGGUUAAUCGUUGA